CGGUGUCUGAAUACAUUCCCCCUAAAUCCACCUACUUAUGCGGACUGCGAUCGCGUUCUAAGACCGUUUGUCAGAGCUGUUUUGGCAGCUUUUUCAUACUCUGACUCCCUGACACUCCUUUCAGAACUCUUCCUGCAGAAUGCGAUGGGACUUUCGGUGACUAGCAACUGCACGGCAGUCAUCAGAACUGCUGUCAAAGAAGAAUGGCUGAUUCGCUGCAACCCACGGCGCUGACGAUCCUUAUUGUGUUUCCGAGCAUCAGUAUUGGGAUUGUGGGCGUGCGAAUGCUGUCGCGAGCUCUAGCAAAGGCUUUUGGUUGGGAUGAUGUCCUUAUUCUCAUUGCUUUAGGGUUAGCAAUCACGGAAAGCGUUUGUUAUUCUCUAUUCAUCAAAGCCAUCGGGCUCGGAUAUCACUUUUACGAUAUACCUUUGAUGACUUCCCAGCAUCUAAACAAAGCCCAAAAAUACAAUGUAGCACUUCAAGUGGCAUACUAUGUCGGCCUUUUCUUCAUCAGAGCAUCCAUCAUUGUCUUCAUUCUUCGACUCGAACAGCUACGGAAAUCGGUACGAUUACAGCUUUGGAUCCUCCUCUCCAUUAGCACGGCGUUGAUGGUUUCCACGUUAUUUGCGGAUCUGUUCCAGUGCGGUUCUUCUGUCGCUUACGGGUACGAUUUUCCGAUAAGUAUUGACCCUGGGAGGUCCCCACCCCGUUGCAUCAGCCGCGCUGCGUUGUUUAUUACCGUAUCAAUCAUGAAUAUAUUGCUUGAUUGCUGGACUUUGUAUAUCCCUGGUGCUAUCGUCAAAGGAAUGAACAUGCCCAAAAAACAAAAGUUCAUUGUGGUCGUUAUUUUGGGUAUGGGUGCAAUAUCAACAAUCAUUGGCAUCGCCCGUUUGGUAGUACUAUCACGUUUUUGGAUUCCCGAGAGCCUUGAAGUUUACCAUGCUGCCAUCUACACCUUUGGAAGCAUAGAAAUUAACAUUGCAAUUUGGGCAGCGUGCGCCCCAGCCCUAAAAACUCUUAUCUCCCGCUUUUUCCCCCGAUUCUGGUCUUUGGCCUCUCUUACGAAGGAUAAAACCUCGACACUCCCUCCUAGCCCCUAUGAAGGCGGCAGGGAUGGCAUAUUGCUUCCACGUUUUGAUGGGGAACCGUGUGUGCGUCCCAGGGAGACCGUGUUCGGGCGUCGGACGUCUCGCAGUGAGGAAGAACUGAGAAGGUUCGAGUAUGACAUGAAUAUCACUAAGUUGAGGAGGUCAUUGUCAAGUCUUAUACCUGGGUCCGAGACGUUUUCGGGACCUGGAAAUAGGGAUAUGGAGUUAUCGAGAAUAUGUAAUUCUCCGACCAAUGCCGGUGCUUCUUUCGGGAGCUCAGGUAGCGAGACGGAGGUAAGUGAGCAUUUUCCAUCUCCUUCAGGGGGGUGACUACAAUUGCAUAGUUAUGCCUUCAGUUUGUUAGCAUUUGAAGAUCCAGCAUAAACAAAACAUUUGCCUUUAAUCCAAGGCAGUUUUUUUGCACACAGGUUUCGGAAUCAAAACUACAGGCUAAGAUAAACACAAGGAGGUCUAAAUUAUCUUGUAAAUUAAAGCAGAUCGUUCCU